AUGGUGCUGCAAGAAGAAUCGCUACUUUACUGUGCCUAUGCAAUUGCCAUCUUUGAUCUGUUAUGUGCUGUGCUUUUUGCUGUGCUCAGCCUGUGUUUAAUCUUAAAUCAUUUGAGUUGGCUAACAAUUUUCUGCGUUUGCUUUGGCGUUUUUUGGAUCACCCUCAUUCUGCUGUUGAUCUCGGGUAUCUACAGGCGUGAUUCGGAUAUGGUGCGAUAUUGGUUAAUGUUCUCGUGUUUUGGAAUAAUGAUUGAGUCGAUACUGAUUGUGUAUGCCUUUAUGAGUCACACAACUUUCCAGUCUGGCGUCGUUCGCAAUAGUUUCAUAUUGUGUCUUGGCCUAUUUGUUGAAGCAAUUUUUGCAUUCAUUAUCUAUCAGUUCUAUUUGACGGUGUCCAGCUGCAAUGUGUGUCUUGACAGACGCUCCUCGCCCGAUUGUUCCUGCACACCGACGUACUCGGAGACUGUGCCACAGGUGGAACCUGAUGAUAGCAGACAAUAUCAAAGGCUUAGCCGCAAAACUUCUAAAUCCUACAGACACAACAUACUGCAGAGCAGACAUUUGGGGAGUCCUUACACUUGUGGUGUCAAAUCGUCUACCUCGGCCUUCAAAAGAAACUGCGAAGAGUACUAAAAUGUUAAGGAAUUGUUAAAGGUUCAGUUGUAUAUAUUUUAUAUGUGUUGUUGAAACGGAAAAAUCUUUUUGGUUUUCUUGUUGUUCCUAAAGAAGUGUAAAAUUUCCAUUUUUCAAGUGUUUGUUGUUCCGUAUGUUGGCAAGUUAUUGACAAGAUCUUUCAACUGGAUCUUUCAAUAUUUUAUGUAUUUCUGCUUGCUGUUGAUUUAUGU